ACUGUCCAUGUAACCUAAAUCACGUGCAAGUUAGUAAACAGGAUGUAAGUUAAGUGAAAGUAAAAAUAAGUACCGGUAUGUCGUGUUAAACGGUGUUUAAUAAAUCAUAUCCUUAUUAUGGAGUAAUUUGUACAUUCAGUGCACGGUUUUUCAGACAUCAUGUCUAUUAAUGAAAACAAAAAUGCAUCAAAUAAAACAGUGCAAAAUGAUGAAAUUAACACCAUGAGCGAGGAGGAACAACCGCUUCUGCAGAAUAAGGAGAAAUAUAUAAUUUACAAAAGGCGAUGGUACGUUCUUCUCGUAUUCAGUGUGGCGUCCUUUCUGCAAGCUGCAGUGUGGAACACGUGGGGUCCUAUUACCCAGUCCGCCGAGGUAGUGUUUGGAUGGGAGGAUAGUCAGAUUGGAAUGUUACCAAACUUAGGAAACAUUGCAUACAUCAUCACAGUAUUUCCAGCUUGCUAUUUCAUAGAUACUAAAGGUUUACGAAUUUCCAUUGUGGCCUGCACAGUUUUAUUGCUGAUUGGUACUGGACUUAGAUGUAUAACAUAUGAACCUAAAUAUGCCACAUGGCUGAGUAAUUUUUGUGCUAUUUUAAAUGGAAUUUCUGGAACAGUGCCUUGCUCUGCGCCUGCGCAGGUUGCAAACACGUGGUUUCCGCCUAAUCAGAGAACAAGCGCCACAGCAGUCGUUUCAGUGUUCAAUAACGUAGGAAUUGCUUUAGCAUUUGUUAUAGGUCCACAGUUGGUAUCAUCACCAAAGUACAAAAAUGAAACUCGUUUCCAAAAUAAUACUCUCACACCAAGCAGAUUAGCAGAAGAUCUAUUUAUACCAACGCAUGACAAUAUAAGAAAUAAUACGAAUUCCUCUGAAGUUUUGGUCAACUUUAAACAUAUCCAGCAGGACAUAAUGUAUCUUAUGUAUUACGAAUUUGCUGCCUCCGGACUGUUGUUUUUAAGUAGCUUAUUUAUCCCCUCUAAACCUCCAUCACCACCGAGUGUGUCAGCCUCUACAGAGCGUGUAGUCUAUAGGAGGGCACUACUGAAUAUCGCGCGGAACAAAUCAAUAUGGUUAAUAGGGUUAGCUUUUCUGCCAACAGGAGUGUACGGGGCUUGGGGAACCGUAAUUGAUGUUAUACUGAAUCCUCAGGGCAUUGGACAGACUGAGGCUGGAUGGAUUGGGUUUUACUCUACAAUGGCAGGUUGUGUCGCAGGUCUAGCCAUUGGAAGAUUUUCAGAUGUGUUUAUGCGGCAUAUGAAGCUCUUGCUCUUGGUAAUGUUUGGUGUGGCCGGAGGAUCUUUUGUGUGGUUUACCCUUAUGUGUGUCAAGGUUAUACCAUUCUCCACAGCACAAGUGUACAUUUCUGGUAUCUUAGGAGGGAUGUUUCUUAGCAGUGUCCUUCCCCUUUUCUACGAAUUGGGGGCGGAGUCCACAUUUCCCGUGUCAGAGGGGGUAACUGGGGGAUUUCUAACAUGGCUCAACAACUUGUUUGGAAUUCUCUUUUUCUUUAUGCUACAAAUACCAAAUAUAGGCACGGAUUGGAUGAACUGGACUUUGGUGGGCAGUGUUGCUGUAGGAUUAGCCUUCCUAUUUGUCUUUCCAGAGCGGUACACUAGGACUGAUAUAGACAUCUGUGUCAAUAAAACAGAAACCUCUCAACCAGAAUCAACGAUAGUUGUCAGACAGAAUGUAUACCAGAAUUACUAGUCGGAAUGGAAUGUUUAUUCAUGAAGGGAUAGUGCAUGAAUGCACAAUGUGUUGGAUGAAUCUUUUCACUUGAAUAUCAUAGAAGGUAUUACCGAGCAUCUUGUUUCUUUGUAAUAUAACAUUGAUAUUACAAAUGUAAUCUCGUUUUUAAUAUAUUUUUAAAUAUCUAAAAACAUUUGUUUUAAUAAAUGAUUAGCAAUGGCAU